AUGUUUCGUAAUCAUUACUCCGAGGACCCAGAAAUUCCCAGAACAAAGGUGGCUGGUGGCGUCCAGGGACGCCCAACACAAGAUGGCCCGAGCCGUCCAGCGUGCCAGAAGCACCGACAUGUAGUCAUCUCGAGCACAUCCAACGUGGGCCUGAGGACAGAUCGCAGCGCAAGCAGGGAUGUGCAGGACGAGCUGCUCUCCGUUUUGGCCUGCAACAGUAACGGCUGCCUACUCGACCAGAGCCAGAAAGAGGGCUACGACUUGAGCUUCCUCGGCGACAACGUUAUUCGCGCAAUAGGAUUUCUGGUCAAUAAUCUAAUCCUCGACAUUGACGGUAAAUUGCCCAAAGGCAAGAUCAAGCUCCCGCCUUCACCCGAGAGCGACUCGGUUCACUACCCCCAGGCCCCAAAAGGUAAAAACCCCAUUCGGCCGCAAUCUCCGGCCUCUACUUCGUCGAUGGAGGCUGCGCGGCUAUGGGAUGCGGCGUACAACCAGCUCAAAGAAGAGCAUCCGAAGAUGAUGAGGUGGUACGAGGUAAUUUUGGAAAUUCUGUCUACCGGCAUUCGGAGACGAGACUUUCAUUCGACCCUGCUUAGUCCAAUAUUUCCGAUGCCCGCCGAAAACAUGAUCAACCAGGCGGAUACACUGGCCAGACGCUUGCAGAUGCAGCAACUAAUAGACACCUGGUUCAACGAAAUCGGUGAAGAGUCGAGCGACGAGGUAACUGGCCUUCAGAAGAUCGCGCAAAGUAUGCCACAUGCCGCCCUCGCCUGGGCUGGUGCUUGUUACUCUUUAAUGGUUCUGCUCAUCACUCAAAGUCUGGUGACGGAGGCCAAGAGUGAUUACUUGGAUUUUAUCAAUCUCAUAUCCAAGCUAGAGUGGUUUUGCAACUUGCACAGGGUUCUGACACCACCCGCCGGUGACAAUGAAGAAAAAGUCGACGAGGUCCACGAUGAGCCCAGAAAAAAACUCAUCGACCUAUACAGGGCCAUUCUAUUGUACGAAAUAAGAAUUGUGUGUUUUCAUUUUGGCCGCCUUUAUUUUGAUUUCGCCGGCGUCACCCACGAGAUCGAACAAGUCCCACUCGACAGAAGCGAGGCAAAACGCCAAGUAGAUGAGGCAGAGAAGGCCUUUUCGCUAUUAAAUUGUUCUCAAGUCAAGGUGCAACUUGAGAAGCUUCUUGAAGAGAUAUCUGUCCACGAUAAGGAGCAGUCGCGACCGGACAAGGAGAGCCAGUUAAUGCGGGACUUGCACAUAGCCCUGAGGAAGUGGACGCGGCGUCUCGAGCCGGGAGGAAGCUAUUCUCUGCCCGACCUUUACCAGUGGAUUCUAUCGACGCAGGAGUAUAAGGAAUUCCUUGGUUGGGACAAGGCUGAUCCGAAAUUGCUGUGGGUGAGCGGAGACCCUGGUCGAGGUAAGACGCUGCUCUUCGCCGCGAUCGCAAGUCAGCUUUCAGCAAGGGGGAAAGAGGAGCCCGUUACGGCCAAGUUGGCCUUCUUCUUCUGCGGCAGCAGCACAUUUAGAUCAGACAAUGUAGCAGCUGUGCUGAAGGGUCUGAUCUGGUGCUUGCUUGAGCAGCAACCGUUACUUGACAGGCACUGGGACGAACCGCGCACUUCAACUCGAGGAAAAUACCUUGACGACCAAAGUGACUUUCUCGCCUUAUCGCGGGCAUUUUACAGCAUGAUACAAGAUCCCAACUUUGAAAAAACAUACUUCUUGGUCGACGCUAUCGACCAGUGCUCCACUGAUGAUGGACCUGGCCUGGAUGACUUCUUACACUUGAUAUCUGUAUCAAGGUCCUUGUCGUCCAAGGUUCGAUGGCUAGUGUCUAGCAGCUACACAGACACUACUGAAAUGGCAUUAGAAGAAGGAGGAGGCUGUUGCCAUUUGAGCCUCGAUGCUAGUCCGAGCCCUCGAGCUCUUAUUGAAGCUGUGGACAGACACAUAACUCACAAGGUCUCUGAAUUGGCCCAAGAAAAGAGCUACGGAGAGGCUCUUGAAAGCGAGAUAGUGCGGAAAAUCCGACAACGGCCCCAUCGUAAUUUCUUGUGGGUAAACAUUGUUUGCACAGCUCUACGGGAAGAAGAGAAGUGGUAUGCCGUCGAAGUCUUGCAGGAGAUGCCCGACGACCUACAGAAAUUGUACGACAAAAUAGGAUCUAGGAUUCAGCAACUUCCUCGCGAGGAGCCUAGCUUCUGCAGAGAGGUUCUUUCGACAAUGGCUGUCGCCUAUCAGCCGCUGCAUAUAUCCGAACUAUCAGCCCUGGCGGAACUUCGGGAGGGUGUGGACGUGUUGACCAUAGUGAAGAAGUGCUCUCCGUUCUUGGAAGUUCGCGAUAACUUUGUGUGCUUUCAGCACCUGUCUACCAAGGACUACGCGCGACAGCAUAUUUUCCUGCCGUCGGCCACCUCGCAAGCCCACUUGCGUAUAUCGGAACGGGCCAUCAACUCCUUAUCCGCCUUUCUAGACGAGGAAAUACUUACCGGGUCGGCUGUCGCUACCAAGCAGGUUGACCUAGAGGCCUGCCUGGCUCCGGUUAGGUAUACGUCAAUUUACUGGAUGAGACAUAUACGUGAGAUAACGAAUAUUGAUAAACAUCCGGAAGUGACAGAGGCGGUGACUUUGUUUCUGGAAAACUACUUCGUUCACUGGCUCAAGAUCCUGGGCUCGAUGGGGCGACUUUCGACGUCUGCGACUAUGCUGUUACGUCUGGAGGCGUUCUUGGUAGCUAAGCUGAGUAGCACAAACAAGCUGCUCCCGGUCGUUCGUGACGCGCAUCGACUCCUCCGUUUUCACAGAUCAGUCAACAGACCGGAUGCAUCCCUGGUCCAGGAUACCCGUCUGUUCUGGCCCAGCUCAAGCGUCGUGAAGCAAGGAUCAAUGCCCCAGUGGGUAGUCACCCGGCCAUUGAUGGAAAAUCAUCCAAGCCACGAGUUUCAAUCUCUCCGUGGCCAUGGCGACUAUGUUCGAUGUAUCGCUUUCUCCGCUGAUGGGACCCAAUUGGCCUCCGGCUCGGAUGACAGGACUGUGCGCAUCUGGGACGUCCAGGCAGGGACGGCGCAGCAUACUCUCCGCGGCCACACCCACUGGAUACUCUGCUUGGACUUCUCUCGCACUGGUCUCGUGGCAUCGGGAGCGGCCGACUCAACCGUGAGGCUCUGGAAUGCCACAACUGGACGUCCCGUCGGAACCCUCUCAGGCCAUUGGGGGUGGGUGGAUGCCGUUAGCUUCGCGCCGAAUGGCAAAAAGCUCGUGGCGGCCUCCGGUCAAAGCUUGUAUGUCUGGGAUCUUAGUGUGGAUAAUAAGCCUGAGCUUUGGAAGAGGUUCGAAGCACACGGGGGCUCUAUCAGCAGCGUCGUGCUCUCGCCCGACGGGAGAUUCUUGGUGUCGGGCGGGGAAGAUAAAAAAGUUAACAUUUGGGACGGGCAAACUUACGCGCUCCUCCGAACCCUCAACGGCCACGAGGAAGCCAUCAAUUGCGUUGCCUUCUCCCCCAUCGGCCAUCACAUCGCCUCUGGCUCAGACGACGCAACUAUCCGAGUUUGGGAUGCCUUGACGGGCAACGAGAUACAAAAGCUGUCACGGUCGAGCGACCAUGUUUUAUCUCUUGCAUUCUCGAGCGACCAAGUUCUAUCUCUUGCAUUCUCGCGCGACGGUUCUCAACUGGCAGUAGCCAGUAGAAAUUGCGUCAUUGACGUAUGGAAUUACAAGAUGGAGCAGCUCACUCAGGUGCUUCGUGGACACACAGAUUUCGUAACUUCGGUCGCAUUCUCGCCACAGGGUCCGUAUCUGGCUUCGUGCUCUCAGGAUUUCACGAUACGGCUUUGGUACGACGAGCCCAAGGAACAGGCAAACGUCCAUGAAGUAGAGAAAGAAGCAGACAGUUUCCUGGCUGAUGCCCAUCGCAUCUGUGCGCUAACUGUCUCCCUCGACGGCCGCUGCGUGGCGUCUGCCAUGACGGACGGCACUAUCCACCUAUGGGACGGCGAGACAGGCAAGCGACUGCGCAACGCCGAGCGUAUGGGACACGACGACGAGGUGAACUCGAUCGCCUUCUCACACGAUGGACAGAGUGUAGCGUCUGCUUCCAACGAUCGAACCGUCCGGGCCUAUCACGUACCCAGUGGAAAGUUACGGCGCUCGUUUUCCGGCCACGAGGCCCCGGUUCGGUGUGCAGUGUUUGGGCCAGACGGGCAAUUCAUAGCAUCGGCGUCAGAUGACUCCACCGUACGCGUCUGGGACUUGGAAAGCAGAAAUGGUGAUCCCCCGCAGAUCCUGCGACAGCCCGAAGGCUACGCCCCGGCCGUCGCUUUCUCCCCCGAUGGACAGUACCUUGCCUCCGGCGGAGUCACGGUGCAGGUCUGGGAGCGCGAGUCGGGCUCCUCGACGUGGAGAGAAAAGAUCAUAAUAGACUCAAAUCCGCAUUACUUUCCGUGUUUUUUUCACUUGGUACUUUUUUACCCGGACUCACGCAGGAUUCUCUUGUCGGACGGCCUCAAGUUGCGAACAUAUGACGUGCAGACGGAACAAUUCGAGGGACCUCUAAUCAAGAUCGCAAGGUGGUUCUCGCGGACACUGUGGUUCGAUGGCAUCUCCACCGACUAUGUGAUGACCGCGUACGGCGCCCUUCCUCUCAUAUGUCCAGGGUCCUCACCUGUCGAGCCCGAGACACAGCAGCCACAGUCAUUGCCACCUGGGCGACACCCGUACGGCAUCAGCUACAGCGACGAGGACGAGAACUGGUAUAUUACAUGGAGGAACGAGAAGGUUAUCUUCAUCCCAGCCAAGUAUGUACCCGCUUACUCACACGUUGACGGCCACAAGGUUGUGCUGGGGUGCGCUUCAGGUGAUGUGCUACUGUUUAGGUUCUCGACGGAGAUGACGCCGCAUGAAGCCGGUCUCGACGUUGACCUCAAAUGCAACGUGGAAUUUGGACCUGGCCAAGGACGAGGCCGGUGGCUUAGCUGA